UGCAGAAUCCAAAUGGGGAAUCUGUUAAAAGUACUCACUUGUACCGAGCUUGAACAGGGGCCCAACUUUUUCCUUGACUUUGAAAAUGCACAGCCCACAGAUGGAGAGUGUGAAGUGUGGAACCAGGUGAACGCCGUCCUCCAAGACUCUGAAAGCAUUCUGUUGGGUCUACAGGCAUACAAAGGAGCUGGUCAGGAGAUCAGAGAUGCAAUUCAAAAUCCAAGUGAUUUCAUGCUUCAGGAGCGAGCCUGGAAUUCUGUGUGCCCGUUGGUCAUCAAACUCAAGAAGUUUUACAGUUUCUCUCUGAGACUCGAGGAAGCCCUACAGAGUUUGUUGGAAUCUCUGACCUGUCCACCCUAUACACCCACUCAGCAUCUGGAAAAGGAGCAGGCGUUGGCCAAACAGUUUGCAGAAAUUCUCCACUUCACUCUGCGCUUCGAUGAGCUCAAGAUGAGGAUUCCCGCUAUCCAGAACGACUUCAGCUACUACAGAAGAACCAUCAGUCGAAACCGGAUAAACAACAUGAAUCUGGAUAUUGAAAGUGAAGUAAAUAACGAGAUGGCGAAUAGGAUGUCUCUCUUUUAUGCUGAAGCCACACCGAUGCUAAAAACACUCAGCAACGCAACAACAAACUUUGUGACUGAGAACAAUACUCUUCCACUGGAGAACACGACGGACUGCCUAAGUACCAUGGCCAGUGUCUGUAAAGUAAUGUUGGAAACACCGGAAUAUUCAAGUCGUUUCAGCAGUGAGGACACGCUCCUAUUUUGCAUGAGGGUCAUGGUCGGCGUCAUAAUUCUCUAUGACCACGUUCACCCCAACGGUGCCUUUAACAAGUCCUCCAAGAUAGAUAUGAAGGGCUGCAUUAAAGUGCUCAAGGAUCAGCCUGCAGACAACGUAGAAGGCCUGCUGAAUGCCCUCAAAUUCACAACUAAACACCUGAACGAUGAGUCCACUCCCAAAAACAUCCGGACGAUGCUCCAGUAA